UACGGAGGGACGUAAAUCACCUGCAGGCGAUUAUAAAUCAGCGGCUGAAUGCGCUGCUGGCCCAGCUCUCUGCUGUGUGUGUGUCUGUUUCUGCCCGCUUCACUUCGGGUAGAAUUCAAGUAAAUUUCAAUGUGAUGAGUCUCCACUCUAGUCCAAUCGAUGCAGCCUGUCAAGUCAAUAGCACCCGUAGUAUGUUAAUGGACUGACCAGAGUCCCCAUACAGCAUUAUUGCAGAACGCCCACAGUCAGUGGCCACAUGGAUGAGACCACUUCCUGAGCCGUGCACGAAAGGCAGAAGGCGUUUUCCUUUUCUUCUGUGGAUGAAGCAGGUUGACAGCACAGACGCCAGUGGCCUCUAUGCUCAGCAAACAGCCAGCGGAUGGACAGGAGCCCGGCCCCCUCUGGGCCGUCUCCAAAGUAUACAGCAACUCUUCUGGCGAUCGCCUGCUGCAAACAAAGCCGGGGGAGAGGAGACAGAUUGUCAGGAGUGGAUAGACUGACUGUUGCUGGCCUAAAUAUUUAUGUUACCUGUGUUUGCUCACUGUACCCAAUAUGGUCAGUAUUUGUGUACCUGUGAGCGUCUGUGAGCCCAAUAGCGAUACACCUACAAGGACUUCACACUAAUGACGGGCAUCAGGUCACGGAGAUUCUGGAGACACAGAGUCUGCGUGAAUGUUACAGUUCUGCAUGAGCACGGGUUGGGGGGAAUAUAAGAGGAAUCAGGGUCAGAGGUAUGAGACAGUAGGGUGACCAGAAGCGGGACCUGUUCCAGUACACAUUGGCACGGGAGACGGCGAGGAGGGCGGCCAGCAGGUGGAGCAGGGAUGGAUGCAGCCUGUAUGACGUUCUCUGUCUUAAUGACGCAGUCGGUUCCAGUCUGGGUCGGUCGGUGCCAGUUGGUGCCGCCCGGCGUCUGUGCAUCUGCGCCAUCAACCCCAUGACUGUAUGCUGCUGAGAGCAGGUGAAUGGGAAGGACCUCUCCAAGGGCAGUCAUGAUGAGUCCGCGGAGAUGUUCCACUCUGCCAAGGACCCCAUCGUGGUCCAGGUGCUACGCCGGAGUCCCAUCGCCAGGGGCAAUGGCACCUCUCAGGAAGUCCACGUGGUGGACGUGUGCACGCAGACAGACAUCACAUUCGAGCACAUCAUGGCCCUGGCCAAGCUGCGACCUCUGACCCCGCCGGUGCCUGACAUCUGUCCCUUCCUGCUCUCUGACAGCUGCCACUCCCUUCACACAAUGGACCGUGAGUGCUACGGCAGCCCAGACUACCUCUCCAACAUGGUGCCCGAUGGGGAGAGAGCAGAGGAAUUUGAGUAUGAGGAAGUGGAGCUCUGCCGGCUGAACAGCCAGGAGAAGCUGGGCUUGACGCUCUGUUAUCGGACCGAUGACGAGGACGAUGUGGCCAUCUACGUUAGCGAGGUGGGGCCGAACAGCAUUGCCGCCAAGGACGGCCGCAUCAGAGAGGGGGACCGCAUUGUACAGAUAAACGGGCGUGACGUGCAGGACCGGCAGGAAGCAGUGGCUGCUCUCUCCAGUGAGGACUGCAGGAAUCUCAUCCUGCUGGUUGCCAGGCCAGACGUCCAGAUGGAGGAGGUCUGGCUGGAUGAUGAACACAGUGACCUUCUAGAGGAGCUCAAGAGGGAGAUGCUGGAGGAGGAGCAGCAUUCGGUGGAGCAGUCCAAGAGUUUGGAGGAAGAUGACAUCACUACAGAUGUUGCAACAUGCUCAUCCAAUAACCAGGACAGUGGGAUGGGUCGUUCAGACAAGAGUAUGCAGUACAAAGGGUGUUCCAAGCCGGCAAUCUUAGCCCAAGUCCAUAAGAAAUUGGCUCAGUGUGUGCAGGACAAGCAGGAUCAGCUCUGGUCCAAUCCUCGGCCACAGUGUGUCCAGACCCUUGUGUCAGGAGCACACCUGAACUCGCUCUGUCCUGAGGUACCAGAGGAGAACGAUGAGGAUGAGGAAGAUGAGGAAACGGAGUGCGACCACUUUCAGCAGCUGCUGGAGCUUAAGUGCCACAUCCGGAACAGUGGCGAGUACGGCCUGUACUAUAGCCGGCACAGCACCAUUGAGUGCAGCCUAUCUGAGCAAGAUGGCGUGGGCCGGGAGCUACAGCUCCUCAACGAAGAGCUGAGGAGCAUUGAGCUGGAGUGCCAGAACAUCAUGCAGGCUCACCAGCUCCGCAAGAUCCGGGACCCAAACCAUGACUGGGCUUCCCGGAGCCAAGGAUGCACCAACCUGCCAAGAGGCAAGUUGGCUGACAUCAACGAGCACCCUGAGAAGUCAGACAAAGACAGUUCGAGUGCCUACAACACGGCAGAAAGCUGCCGCAGCACACCCCUAGUCAUGGACCGCUCUCCUGACCAUGCGUGGCACUCAGUCGACCGCUCGCCGGACCACUCCCUACAGAGGCGAGUCCGGAUCACCAACCAGAAGAACCUCAGCAGGACUCGUGCUGCUGGCCACAGCCAGCCAGCUGCCGGACCAGCAGCUACCAGCAGCCCAGAACCAAGCAACCCCUCAGAGUCUGACCAGCCCCUACCAGCAGAUGACGAGGGCUGCGGGCAGGAUGAGGCCCAGGUAGCAACGGAUGCCCACCUGUCACCAUACCACAGCUCCCAGCACCGGCACACGAAUAUCCCAGCCCAUGCCCAGCACUACCAGAGCUACAUGCACCUGGUCCAGCAGCGUUCUGCUGUUGAGUACGCAGAGAGCCAGCUCAGCCUGGUGGCCGUAGAGCCCAAGAUGGAGUGGAAGGUGAAGGUGCGGAGUGACGGCACUCGGUACAUCACCAAGAGGCCAGCACGGGACCGUAUCCUGCGUGAGCGGGCGCUGAAGAUCCGCGAGGAGCGCAGCGGCAUGACCACGGACGACGACGCUGCCAGCGAGCUCAAGCUGGGCCGCUACUGGAGCAAGGAGGAGCGCAAGCAGCAGCUGGCCCGGGCCCGGGAGCAGCGGCGGCGCCGUGAGUUCAUGCAGCGCAGCCGGCUGGAGUGCCUGCGGGAGGCGCCGCAAGCCGCAGCCGAGCCCCGCCAUGAGGUCAGCAUCAUCGAGCUCAGCCACAAGAAGAUGAUGAAACGACGUAACAAGAAAAUCCUGGACAACUGGAUGACCAUCCAGGAACUGAUGACGCAUGGGGCCAAGGCUCCGGAUGGGGCGAAGGUGCACAACGCCUUCCUGUCCGUCACCACUGUGUGAGACGCACUCUACCACAUGCGGUGUUAAUUACUUGCCUCGUUCAAUGUGGCAUUUUUAUGAGGAAAAAGAUAUUUUAACAAUUUGUAACCCAGGUAACAUUUUAUAAACAAAAUUUUUUAACUGGCAUUCGUAGGUUUUAAUAUUAUUUUCUUGUCAGCCAUCUCGUUUUCCUUUUCUUUGGCCUUAUAAAUGCUUUUGUGCAAAGUAAAAUUAAAACAAAACUGUGAUUGUUACUCUGCUUGUCACAUGACUUGACAUGACUAACAGCAGUAUUGCUGCAGAAUCCCAAAGUCUGGCUCUUUUCUACCCUGGUUUUAACUGUGGUGCCAAAUUGUCUUUUAAAGGGACACUCUGUACCCAGAACGUCUGACAACUGUUGUCUUGUAUGCUCUUUCACAUUCACAAUUAUGAGUUUUUCAAUAUUUUUAUGAACAGAAGACUGAAGCUUUUUUUAAAAGCUUUUCCUACCAUCUAUAUAAAUAUAUUGCUAUUGAUUGUAUGCUUGUAUGUAUUGUACAGUAAUUAUUCUCAUAAAUUUUAACUACCAUUGAGGGUUGUGGGAUUUGGUUUUUUAUUAUUUCUUGGUUAAUAAUGCCAAACAGUAUAUUGCAUUGCAUUUUAUUGCAGUUUAGCAGUGAAAUGCUACUGGUACUCAAUGUCUUCUCAAGAUUUGGGGAUAUGCAGGUUCAUACUCUUUUGCAAAAGUUUUUUAUUAAUAUAUUGCAGACUAAAUCUUGUAAAUGUGUCUGUUCCAAGUCAAUUGUCAAUGGUCUUAUUUGAAAUUAUAUGUAGUUGGCAAAAUUAUAGCCAGUAAAUGUGUCGUUGUGAUAAAGAAGCAUUUGUGAAUCAGAAAUAUAAAUAAACUAUUGUUUAUCUUAAACGGAAUAUGAAAA